UUUACGGCUGCGGAUGACUUGGAGGUCGACACGUGCCGACGCCGGCGGAAAGGCUGUUACACUGCGGCCGUACUCACCCCCGAUGCCUUCCUUGCCCAUUUCUUUGGCCCGCUGCCGCCGGCAAAGACACCGGCGAGGAAGGGAAGUGAUGUUGCAGACACCUUGGAGGGGCGUCCGGUCGGCUCUGCCAUUGCUUCUGCUGUCCCGAAGAAACUACCAACGAAACGAACCGGAAGAGACUGUCGGGUGCGUGCUUUUGUGCCAACCAGGUGGCGCUGCGCUCUGCAUCAAGUGAUACGAGCCGGCGCUGCAUGCCAUCACCGGAAUAUCCAGGGAAUUGCUAAGGACACUGCCGGGAGUGAAGAGAGAGCCAUGGAGUCAGCCGUCGAUCUGUUUUCACGCUCCGCUUUCCGGCUCUUCAACAUGCCCGCGGUUCUCGUCAUUCUCGGAUCGGCCGUCGUCCUCCUUCAACUCUCACCAGUGCGGUGCGAAACGGACUGGACCGAGUUCCAGCCCAAGGAGUGCCGAGCCUCCGUGAGUGGAGGCGGCCGCACUCCCGGCCGGUGCGUCCCCCUGACCUGGUGCCCGCCUCUGGUGGCCGUGGCCGGUCGCGGUCGACGACCGCGGCCGUGCGGCUUCCACGACAGCACGGUGCUGGUGUGCUGCCCGUCGCCCGACGUGGUGAACCCGACGACGCCGAACACAGGCACGCUAUCUUCCAGGCGACCCGAUGACGAGGGCCCCCGGAACGAGCCAGGCUGCGGCGCCGUGGUCGACGAUCCGGGGGCGGUCACUAACGGACCGAAUGGAGACGUGAGGCUCACAAGAUCUGCGUGGCCCUGGGUGGCGGCCAUAUACAAAGGUGACAAGUUCUUAUGCGGUGGAUCUCUGUUGGACGCCAACACCGUGCUGACGGCGGCUCACUGCUUCCCCGACUACCGGAAUAACGCCAGAAUGUACAAAGUGCGCGUGGGCAUCCUGGAGGUGAACGAGACGGCGAGUUCGCACAGCGCCACCAUUCCCGUCGCCUCGAUCCGCCUUCACGAGCGCUACCGAACGGACCGCCAUUACAACGACAUCGCGCUCGUGAAGACCGCCGGCAAGGCUUCUUACGGAAGCCACAUCGGCCCGGUGUGUCUGCCGCAGCCGGACCUCAAGCUCGGCGGACAGGUUGUUGUGCUCGGCUGGGGACACACUGCUUUCGGUGGUCGGUACGCACACCGUCUGCAGGAAGGUCGCGUCUCGGUCAUCAGCAACGAGGAGUGCGACGAGAUCAUGCGCAGAUCGUCCAGCUACUGGGUCGCCACACCUGAUGGCAUCACCGAGGACUUCGUGUGCGCCGUCAACCAUACGGGCGUCGACGCCUGCCAGGGUGACUCCGGGGGACCCCUGCUAGCUCUGGGACUCGACUUCCGUUGGAACGUGGUGGGAGUGGUGUCGUUCGGCAUCGGCUGCGGCGGUCGCUUUCCUGGUGCCUACACGCGUGUCACAACGUUCCUCGAUUGGAUCGCCCGGAACCGAGACUGAACUCGACACGACGAAGUCGUCGCGGAUACUCCUGAGGGCUGACCCUCCUACUUCGCAGAAGUCCAUGCGGCAGUAUCAGCGUCCAACUGUGAAAUCUCCGUCUACUAUGGUGCGACGUCAGAGGCUGAGCGCACCUGGUGUUAUAGAACGACCGCAGGCUGCUUCUAGGUGGACAACCUUGAGACGAACUUCACUAUACCUGAAGCUGUACGGCUUAUAGUAGAGGCGUCAUCUUCACGUUGUAACCCUCGGGCUUAGUACGGCUCACAAAGACGUCCUGUGUUCUAAAGAAAUCCUUCGCUGGUGCGCAGUUGAGUUCUUAGCUAAGCUGUACCUACCUGACGUCUCAGCGUUAACGUACGGUCGACCGCAGCGCCAAAAUUGUCUUGUUCACUGGCUUGUCGAUUUUUCCAAUGCCGCGCAACUCACUGUUCGUUGUUUUCACGCAAAGCUUUCGUGUGCAGUAGGGCCGUCAUACUUCUUUGAUAGCAGAAUCAAAGCAAUCAUGGCGUGCUUACGGCUGUGUACAUGCCAUUGGUUAGAUAUCAGUGUGCGAACGAUUACGACUGAUAACAGUUUUACCGAUAUACUGAUCGCGAGACAGAAGCACGUAGUCAUGGCUGCCCAUGAGCGCAUCGCGUUGAGAAGGAGAGAGAGACGAUAUUUGUGCCCAGUGAGAAAACACUGUCAGUUGCGUAAGGGAGGCGUAUUUAAGGUGGCGCUGCUGUCGAUCACUGCUGAAGUAGCUUGGCCACGCACUGGCGUGGUCCGUAAACUUUUGCGCUUGACUGCACAACGUUACGGACGUCAGAGCUGCGUUUGUCUGGUGAGUGAAAAGAAGCAUGUAUACUGUGAUUUUUGCGGCAUUUCAAUGCGCGCCUUUUGCAAGCCGUGUGCUCGUUUAAAUGCAGUAUAUCAGCUAUCCGGCUAAGCACUUUAAAUGUAUUUGACAUCAGUGGAUCGCCACUAACGUGUCGAAGCCUAACAUAAACUGUGAGGCAGAUACGAUUGAGCAAGAGGGAGCAGACUGUUUGCGAUUACGACAGGCUAAGGAAAAGAAAGUGCUUAUCCUGAUAGAACCGUUGGCCGCCUAUUGCAUUGCGAGUUGGAUUCUUACAUACGAUUCAACUUUUCAAACCAGCUUGCUUCAUCUGGAAAGGCCUUGUGCGACUGUGGUUUCGUAAAACGAGGUUGAGGUUUCAUGUUUGAGAUCCGCCCACUACACUCAUUUCUUACACUGCCGAUGCAGGAAAGUGAAAAAAAAAAUCUAGGCAUUAUUAUAGUAAAAUUACCGCAGUUAAAGUGUUAUCUAUAGGUAAAAUUGGACCCUAAGAUCUGUAUGCGAAUUUAUGAAGAGAAAUUACAGCAGUCAACCAGCCUAACUUGAAGCCUUUCUAGACUUAAGUUUUGUUUUGAAACGCAGUGCGUCAUCAGAUUCCGAUGUUCUCGAUUGUAACAGCUAUUCACCCAACUUUGUCGCCUUUUAUCGUGUAACUUAUUUAUUCCGCGUGUGAGUAGUGUUUGCAUUUAUUUAUUAUUUGCGUACGAAGAUGUAAACUACGCGUACUGUGUAUUUUCUAUGUGUAGAGCCAGUUACACCGCACAUCUUGUAUGGCUGGUGUAUAUGUACGACCCUCGAAAUGUUCUUAUCUUACCCACCCGAGUCCAAACGUUGUCUUCUUUUUUUUCUGUGGUAUUACUUUGUGUUAUUUAUUUGCAACUUUCAUAGCUUUCACUGAAGGGUGAAUUUGCAGUCAUCUGAGAUAAAGCUGGUUAGCGAGAAACGUCGACCAUUUUAUCAACAUGUCCUCGUCACACAGGAAAACUUAAAGGCACAUGGCAUAAUCUCAAAUUGAAGAGCGCGAGUUAAAGGAUAAUAAAAAUUAUUCCUCGGAUUGUUAAGGCGCAUCAGUCAUCUGGAUUCAAGAAGGGUCUGCCUCUCGACAGAUGUCAAAAUGAAGUUUCGCAGUAUAUAUAUGACCUCCGAAAUCAGCUGGCGAACUGUCUGGUCUUGGAGGCCAAGGGCAGCUCGGUAUAAUUAGCAGUCUGUUAAAAAAUUAGAGCAUCAGACGAAGUGAAUCAACUCAUGGCCGUUUGCCUCCUUCAGGACGAUCAGUCGAAAUGGAACGUUUCACUCACAAAACGUUCGCGCAAAAGCAUGUUUGGAGGUCAAUCAAAAUUUUGUUUUAUUUUUUAUUUU